AUUUUGACAUUUCGAAUCAAAAAACAAAGUGAAAAAAUCAUUUACCAAACAAUGAUUCUGAUGAUUGGAUAAGUAAAAUAAAAACAAUGGAAAUAUACGGAGUCCUCCUUCAAUAAUACUCGUAAAAAACAGGAGAGAGAGAGAGAGGCCUGAUGAGAAAAAGAAUGGAUGCGGAGAGGCGAUGCGGCGAUCCUCCAGAUGUGAAUGAUGGUUGUGGAGAGUUGAAUGUUCAACGUUCGGAUCGUCACGACCGAUCGAGGUUUAAGAUAGCCUUAUCAGAUCCGAAGGUGAAGCUGUUAGAGGAGAAGACAUCCUUUCCAAAUGUAUCGAGGUUAAAGAUAGCUUCAUCAGAUCGAACUGUGAAGCUGUCAGAUGAGGAGACCACCUUUCCAAAUGUAUCCAGGCAUCGACAACAAUGUCUAAAAAAUUCCUUCUUUAACACCUGCUUCCAGUUCAUGAGAUCAUACAUCCACAAACCUUGCGCACCUAUUACAGACGAGGAAAAUGAGAUUGGCAAACAGUAUCUUGAUACCGAAUACCCCAUUUAUUCCCAUGCCUUCAAACAUGCGCCUAUUGUCUUGGUAGGCCACCAAUUGAAUGUUUUAGACUUGCUCGGUGAUAAACUCUUGUGUUUCUACAGUACUCAAAACAUUCCUAACCCUAGCAUUCAGCCCAACAACAGAUCCAGAAGUUAUGCGGUAAGCACCCCCUUAAACCUGAUGGGUAAAUACGUUAUGAUUUGUUGCGUGUUUGUUCCUUCAAUAUGGUCUUCAGCCGAUGCGCGCAUGAUUUAUCACACAUCUUUAGCUUCUCACGAGCUCGCUAGAAGAGGCGAUUUUGCGCUGGUGGUGGUGCCAAUGAUGAGGAAUGGUUUCACUCAUUCCUUCUCUGCCUAUGAACACUUCUUUUCGGGCUUUUCCUGCCUUGCUGUCCCUUUCGGUGAAUAUCUUCGCCGUGAGUACAUUUGCUCGGUACUUGGUUUUGAUGGUCAGCCUAAAGCUUUGAUUCUUGAUCCAUCUCAGAGGGUGCUUUACCAUGGCCAGCCCAAAAUGUUCAGUCAGGUUGGAGGAGCUGAGGGUGGUGCUUUUCCCUUCACUCCGGAUAGAGUGGGUGCUUAUUUACGCCAUGAACGUGGUUGGCAUGGUCACUACUCCCUCAAUGAGCUUUUGGGCCUUAGAGACACUGAUGAAAUCCAGUGCUCUGACUUGCAGAUGAGAAUCCCAUACGAAAAUCUCCCUUCAUGCGACAGGUUGAUAGCCAUUAGUGUGGAUAUAAAUGCUGCGAGAGCGGAGUUUCUACCGUGGUAUGACUAUAGUACGACCCUAAAUUUGUGGAACUAGCGACCACUGUUAUAUAGCCACCUGAUAUAUGUAUAAUAACAGCCAAUUCUUUGUUUAUUAUCGGUUCCUUCAUUUGGGCAUGUCUAGAUACAAUGACGUUACAUGUAAAACCGAGCUAGAGUGUAAAAUUUAUUGGAAUCUUUUUUUUGGUUAUCAGAUGCCUUUUUCCUCAAAUGGGAACUUUGGUUUAGGUUUUUGGUUCACAUCUUGGCAUUGUUGCAACGUGUUUUAUGUUUUUAAUUAAUUGCCCAUAUCUAAAUGAGGGAAUUGAACAUUAAACUAAUGUUUUUUCU